GUUUCAUCGCUUUUUUUAAGCCUCAUCACAAUCACCGUUGUUUGAAGAUUUCAACAAUACGUGUUAAAAAAUAAAAAUAAACAGGGGAACCGUACUGGAUCGAUAAUAUAAACAUAGUGGACUUAAAAAUCCCAGGCUGUUGCCUCCAUUGCGCGAGGAGAAAGCAACAAUAUUGCAAAUCGCAGAAAGUUUGACUGACUGAUCGUCCAUCCAGUGAACAUGGAGGCAGGAGAGGACCAGACCAAUUCCAGCUCAGCCAAUAACAACGCUGCAUCAGGGGGAAACUCCCGCCCCUCUCAGAUAGCGCAAAUGUCUCUGUAUGAAAGACAAGCUGUGCAGGCGCUGCAGGCACUACAGAGGCAGCCCAAUGCAGCUCAGUACUUCCAGCAACUCAUGCUACAGCAGCAGAUCAACAGUGCUCAACUCCACAACCUGGCUGCUGUGCAACAGGCAACUCUUGCGGCCAGUCGUCAAUCCAGCUCUCCCAGUAACAGUGUCUCUCAAGCCACAAGCUCAGCACAAUGCACUGUCAACUUAAGUACCACCUCUGGGGGAGGUACCAUGACAAACGCUCGUCCAAUGGGACCUGCCACUUCUGCAACAUCAACAGCCCUUAGCCAAUCAGUGUUGCUUGGUGGAAACUCAGGUGGACAGGGUCAGAUGUACCUGAGAGUAAACCGCUCUCUUAGGGCACCUCUCACCCCUCAGCUCAUUUUCAUGCCUGGUGGUACGGCAACAGCUGCUGUGGCAACGGUUGCCCAACAGCAGCCCCAGCAGCAACCACAGCAGCAGCAACAGGAAACAAGUCCCACAUCCUCCAGUAACCAGUCAGAUAACGAUCAGGUACAGAACUUGGCAAUGCGUUGCAUAUCCUCUCCAAGGGUCGCUUCUGUAAAGACAGAGUUCGUGGACACUAGAAAGGAGACGGGCGGUUCAUUCCCAAUUAACCAGCAGUCUCAGACGCAACAGCAAUUUGGACAGUCAGCCCAGCAGAUCCAACCCCAGACUCAACCGCUUGCCAACGCCAAACUGCAAAACUAUUCGAACACCACUAAUCCCAGCAUGUCUGUCCUCAACGUGAAGGGCACUAACCAAUCCACUGUCACCACACAUCAAACCGGAGCCUCCUCCAACCCUCCUUCCUCCUCGCCCUCUUCCUCGCUCCCUCUGUCCCAGCUGCUCCUCUCUCAGUCUGGUUUGUGCCAGGCUCGAGGAGUACCAGCUGCUGCGGCCACCGUUACCCACAUUCUGGUGCCCACCUCUAAUGUUCCAACUUCUUCUCAAGGGUAUCCGAUGGGCACAGUGGCAACCAAAUCCAACAUGACUGCCCAGACAUUAGUGGUACAGCCUCUCCAGCAGACUGGAGCAAAUUUGAGCACAGAGAAACUGGGUCAUGCAACGGGGCAUGUGCCCAUCCAACCUAAAACAGCUCAGGGCCAUCGGCUGCCAGUGCAGAUGCCCCCUCGCCACCCACUUCCCAUUCUCCCAGCACCACCUAAUAACAGCCAGGGCACGGGGGGACAUCACCCUCCACAUGUCCCAGUUCAGCUGGUUGGGGCAAGGCAGAGCACGCUAGGAAACUCCCAGGCUUUAGCAGUGGCCCAGGCCCGUUGCGCCCAGCAGGACACCACAGCUGCUGUGGCUGUAAAUAACUCCAAUAGCAAUGCAGUUACUAUGGUGAAUGCAAUGGAAACAGGUGGAAUGUGCCUUAAAACAGCCCCAAGUGCCCUGCCAGUUUCUCAGAUGCAGACCAAUCAGAGCACAGGAUUAAAUCAGGUUGAUCCUGCUGCAGUCACAUACUCAUUGGAUGGACAAAUUAACGCUGGAGCACCUUUAAGUGGAGAGGUGUUCAUUCAGUCUGAAACUCAGACAAAGCCUGUGAUUGGUCCCUUAAAAAGGAAAUCGGAAUCGGAUGCAACUCUUGAGAUUUCAGUAGAGACCAUCAAUGCAAGUCCAUCACUGCAAGACUCCGCCCCUCCCCUCUCACCAGCUCCCUCACUAGACACAGUCCCAGAGAUGGCAUUCUCCACUCCUCCUACUCUCUCUCUUUCUCUCCCUCUCCCUCUUCCUCUUGGAGGAGGACAAGGUGAUCGAGCGCCAGUCCCACAAGCUGUGGUCAAACCUCAAGUUCUCACACACCUUAUUGAAGGCUUUGUUAUCCAGGAGGGAGCUGAACCUUUCCCUGUGACAGGACCAGUGAAAGAGCGAGCAGAGGGCAUUCUUCCUGUUGCUGUUCCACCCAUCCUACAACCAGAGCACAACAGCCAUAACAAGUUAAAGUGUGAAUACUGUCUAAGAUUAGCACCAGCCACCCUGUUCAGACGAUCCAAACGCUUCUGUUCCAAAACCUGUGCCAAAAGUCUGCAAAAGGAACCAAAUCUACUCAAAUACUCUCAAGUGCCCAUUCACUCAUGUGCCAUCUGCAGCGAAAGCCAUUCAUAUAUCUGCCCAAAGUACAAUGUCAGUUGCAGUCACCACUACCGCAUUAGUAGGGGUCUUGAUGGUGGAGAACGGCCAACAGGGGGCCCUGUGAUGCAGGAUGCUAUUGCUAGACGCAGGGGUCCUCGGAGGAGCAGCUCUGAGAUUGCCUGUGCUAAAAUAGCAGGCAGGCAUCUGCCUGUAAAGUGUCGCUCUGAGUCAAGUCGUUCUGAGGACAUCUCCAGCUGUGAGGGUGAGGAAGAGGAAGACUUCUUGUAUCUCUCACCCAGCUCAUCCUUCUCAUGCUCAAGACCAGCUCACUGUGGCCCUCAAUUGGAUGAUUCUGCACCAAGUGGCCUCCAAGUGGCCUUCCUUUCUGGCAACCCUGCUCACUGGAGUGUGGAGGAAGUGUGUCAGUUUAUUUCUUCUCUCCAAGGUUGUGAAGACCUGGCAGGACAGUUCCUGUCUCAGGAGAUUGAUGGGCAGGCGCUGCUGCUACUGAAGGAAGAGCACCUCAUGUCCACCAUGAACAUCAAACUCGGCCCUGCCCUCAAGAUCUGUGCAUCUAUCAACAGCCUGAAGGACUGAACAAAGCAAGACGACAGACAAUUAGCAGGAUUAGUACUUUAUAUUUCAACACCAGCCUGAGAACUGAAGGAGAAGAAACAGAUGGAGAUGAAAGGACAGAUGGCUGCCUAUGAGAUUUAUCAAAACUAUAGGAGAGGAAUGGCAAGAGUGACAUCUAAAUUGCUGUUAGCCAGAGAGACUUAAGGGAAAAACAGGUGAUGCCUUAUUUAAAAACUAAAUGAUUCACAAAUAAUUUACUUUAGUAUUCUUUAGAUUUGAAAGACUUAAUAGUAUUAUUUUGAAUCAUAAUGUUGAAUGUUGCUAGAUUGCAAUUGGCUAGUUCUCACUUAAAUUCAUCAUGUUUCAAACAUUGUAACUGGGGCUGCAAGAAAGACCCUAAAAUAGAGCAUAAAUAGGGAGUAAAAAAACAACAACUUUAAAAUACUAAUUUCAUCAGGUUGUGGGACAUAAACAUAAUACAACUUUCCAGGAGUUUGAAUAUGCUACGUAUUUUAUAUUUGUCACAUGGUUUUAAGCAAUGAGGGACAUGUUUGAAUGAAUAUGUGAGGGAGUCUCUUUGCAAAAUUGGAAGAGGUGACUGUUUAGGUUAAUGUCUAGUCUGUGUGUCAUAUGUUUGUCAGUUACCUAUAUGUUAAACAUUUGUAAUCAAAGUAUCACAGAUGAAGAGUUGAUGGACAAUAAUUGUUACUCUUGUAGUGCAUUUGACUAUUACAGUCAAAGACAUGAAAAGUUGCCUUUCUUAAAAUGACUGUACUGCUGACUGUAAUGGGGAUGACUUGUUGCCUCUGACAGGUGCCUCUUUCUCUAGGGCUUCCCCUUUGCUUAUCCAAACAAAGACAAGUGAGCAUUUACUACUCUUUACUGUAUUUCAUCCUAUCACUACUGUCUGGGAGGAUGAUAUAUGUUGGGAAACAAAUUACUUCUACAGUAGGUGAUCAGCACUUGAUUAAAGGAUUGUGGCCUGUCUUCAAUGUACCUUGUAGAAAGUUAACACAAGUAGAUUCUCAUACACUAAAUGAUUCUAGAUGAUGUUGAUAUGGUCACUAUAGAAACAAAUGAUACCACAGUGGUAAUUUCUGUAAGGUCCAGAGACCUUUAGAGAUGGAAAAGCUUUAGCUUUUGUUGUCCUAUUAUAUGAUCUCACUAGACAGUAUUACUGAAUGGAAGUAGCAUUUAUUUUAUUUUUUAAAAAUCAUGCUGAAGGAGGUUGAGAGUGAUCAGAUCUUAACUGAUCCUAGAACAACUCAAUAUUUCUUUUUCUACAGUAGAUGAUUGGAAGAACUUUUUUAUUUGUAUUAAAAGUAAUUCAAGUAAUAGACAAGUAUUAGUAGCUUUACCUUAGAGCAGGUAUGAUAAGGUAGUGUGAGAGUGAGAGAGAGUGACUAAGAAAGCUGUGUGCUGGUGCUGAAUUUGUUUGUAUGCAUAAAUAUUAAUAAAGGUGUGGUGACACUGA